ACAGUCAACUACAAAUUAGGGUCUUAGAUGCAAGAUGUCCUGUUCCAUGUUUUCUAAACCACCAGGAGUCAAUCCAGACUUAGCAGAGGAAAGAACAAACCUUGUAUUUAAACAGGAAGAGCUGACUUAUUUCCUGGAUGGGUCUAAACAAUUAACCGAGGAAAGGAGAGAGUUAGAAAACUUUUUUCUGAAUCAUAAACUUUUCAAGGAAAGGAAGGUUCUGGUUGUUGAGACAUUGAGUAAUGAGGACAGAUAUAAUUAUGAACUAGAAUUAGCUUGUAGAUUGAUGAUCGUGGCUCAGGAAGCAGAAGAUGCAGGUCAUAACCAUGCAAUUAGAGGUAUGUUUAAUGCUGGACUAGGAGCAGCUUAUUUACCGGAUGGAAAUCCAAUCAAUUUACACUUUGUGAUGUUUCUUCCAACACUCAUGGGACAAGGAACACCAGAUCAAAUCUCAGAUGUGCUUGGAAGAGCUUGGAACAUGGAUAUAGUUGGAACUUACGCCCAAACGGAGUUAGGUCAUGGAACAUUUAUCAGAGGACUGGAACUUCAGGCAGAGUAUCAUGCAGAUUCAGAAGAGUUUGAGUUGCAUUCUCCCAGCUUAACUGCAUUUAAAUGGUGGCCUGGAGGCCUCGGUAGAACAGCAACACAUGCUGUUGUUAUGGCUCAACUUACAACUCAGGGAAAGAAGCGCGGUGUUCAUCCAUUUUUGGUUCAAAUUCGAGAUGAGAAAACUUAUAAACCCUUCCCAGGAGUUCUGGUCGGAGAAAUAGGUCCUAAGCUUGGUAUGAAUGCGAAUGAUAAUGGAUAUCUUGGUUUUGUAAAGUAUAGAAUACCCCUGUCGGCUCUACUCAGUAAGAACAGUCAAGUUGAACCUGAUGGGUCAUAUAUAUCACCUCCCAGGGCUAAACUGAACUAUGCAACUAUGGUGUUUGUAAGAUCAGCCAUAGCUCUUGAUAUUACUGUGCAGCUUAGGAAAGCAUUAACAAUUGGAACUAGAAACGCUGGAGCUGUAGAACAGACGAGAGAAUCAGAGAGAUGUAGUUCCACCUCUAUACAGCUGGUUCAACUACCUACACAGUCUAAUAUUCCAGGUGUUUCUAUGGCGCUUCUAUGGUUAGAAAUACUGGAGACUCCGAGUAUCGCUGGUACUAAAGAGCAGACAAUGGAAUCAGAGCAAUGUAGUUCCACCUCUAUACAGCUGGUUCAACUACCUACACACUCUAAUAUCCCAGGUGUUCCUAUGGUUAGAAACACUGGAGGCUCCGAGGAUUGCUGGAACUAUAGAAUGGAUAAUAGAAUCAGAGCAAUGUAG